GUAUGACCAGCAAGACCGUCUUCCAGAACGCGUUCAAAACCUUUCUGGACUUUGCGAUAAACUCCCUUCCUUCUACACAGGGCGGGUUGAACAUCACCGCAACAGCCCCCGGCGGCGUGGGACAAAGACCAUUCACAAACAAGGCUGGUGUACUGAAACUUAUCUUCGUGUCUGCAAGCUCUCUAUAUAUUGGCGGGUUGAUCGCUCACAAAGGUGCCUCAUAUCUGGAGGAGAAUGAGAUCUUUGUGCCAACCGAUGAAGACGACGAUGAUUAAACUAACUGGAAGCUGAUAAUUUGUAGAUAUUUUGGAAAUAUGCUUAAUGCCUGUAAUUGAGAUUCUAAUUUUCAAACUUUGAUGAACAUGAUAAAAUGAUGAGCAGUGCUAAUGAAGCUUUUACACUAU